CCGGCCGGACCCCGAUCAGACCAUUGAACCUCAAACCCCUUGGUUGACCGGCUCAAUGACUUAAACCGGUUUGACAACCUUGUAAUUAAGUAACGAGACUGUCAUCCACUCCAUCCACCACUCCCAAGCCCAUAUAGUCUAAUGGGCUUCGAUCCAGUGGAUUGCAGUCGGAUCAAUAUGUAUGGGCUUUGGCAAAGUCUAGUACGGGGCCAUGCAGAUGGGUACUUAAAAAAGCCCAUAGAGGCCCAGUUAUUAUUGUAAGUUAAGAAGUCAAACACGUGCGCGAGAUAUUUUAUUUUAGUAAUAUAAUAAACAGGAAAAGCCGCCUUUAAAAGUGACAUCAGGUCCAGACGUAGAGAUGGCGUCACAAUAUCCAUGCUGGCCUGUCACAAAGAGCCACGUAUGCAAAUUAUUUGAUUGUAGUGAGAGCUCUGCCAUCACCACAUUUAUCCACUCCCACUCGCGAACCAGGAGCGUGCGUGUAACUCUUUGCUCCUUUCAUUAGCAUUAGGCUAAAAAAAUUUUAUCUCUUGAUAUUGUAUCUUAGAUGAGGGUUUGCGAACCCCGAUCUGAUCAUAUGAUUAUUUGAUAAACCAAUAUUAUUAUAGUGAAAAAUGAUGCAAAUCAAACAAAAAUAAAUCCAGCUUAGACAUUUUUUUUUUGUUUUCACGAGAGUUCGAGAUUCAAGAUCAAGUGCUUUACAUAACACUGGACAAGCAAUGCGUCGAUUGUGACCAUAAAACGAGAGAGGAUCAAUUGGGUCGUUGGAAAGGAAAGAAUGAACGAGGCAUUUGAGGAUGACGCCGAUAACUCGUAACAAUAAGAAUCGAAAGUUACAUUGCUACAAUCAGAGAUGAGAGGAAUAAACACACCCGUUAAAAUUUUGAAAACUAUAUCGAAUUCAAGAAUAGUGGUUAGAAGACUAUGCUACCGUGAGCAGUGUACUACCUUGUUGAGAGGGGGAUGAUAGAUGAACUAGAGAAGAUAAUUUUAUGAUUGUACGACAUAGAAGAUAAACACGAGAGAAUUAAAAACAUGAUUCGACCCCACUUAAUCAGACUCGAAUCUAGGGGGAGAGGAGAGGAGAGGGGAAGAAGAACCACCUCUGAUUAAGUCAGUCGAGAAAGUAAACACACAUCUCAAAUCAACAUAAAACAAGUUAUUAACGCGACCGCAACUCGAUUUCGAAUUAAACCAUUGAAGAAGUAUCUUUCAUCCUCAAGUUGCAAAGACGAUUGGACUGGACACACACACCCACUAGGGCGUGGGAGAGGUUCAUGCACCACCCCCUACCUUUACACCCUAAAACAGUUUUUUUCCAAUUUUGUCUCUUUGCGAUUCCGCCAUCAAAAAGCUUUCCACUUUCUCCCCCAUCUCAUAUCCCCUUAUUAAUUCUCCUUCCAUCACCCUCUUUCCAGCUCCUUCCCUUUUCCCUGCUCGAUCUUGCACAUACAGAAAACAAAGCCAGUAGUCAGAUGAUUCAUAUGGAGAGUCUGGUGAUGGACAUGGAGGCUGCAGGGAAGAAGAAGAGGAAAACGAUGAACAGAGGAAGCAACAGGGGAGCAAAACAUAAGGUGAAGGAACCCAUGAAGGUGGUUUACAUCUCCAACCCAAUGAAGUUCGAGGUCCGUGCCUCCGAGUUCCGCACCCUUGUCCAGGAGCUCACCGGCCAGGACGCCGAGUUCCCGCCUUCCCUUCGCCGCCGUCACCACAACAACAAUCCACCGGCGGCAGCUUCCAAUUCGUCGUUGGACAACAGUAGUAGUAGUAAUUGCAGCAGCCCCACCACCACCACCGCCACCAGCUCUACUAUAACUGCUGCUACUGUUGAUUCCUGUGUCGGUGGGGAAUUUCGUCGAACAGUUGGUGCAGGUGGUCAUGCGGCUCCAUCCCCUGAAGAAGAAGAAGAAGAAGAAGAAGAAGAAGAAGAAGAAGAAGAAGAUCAGGACACGCCGCUGGCUGGGUUUGAAAAGGCAGAGGAGGAGCAGGGGAUGCUGCUCGUGGAUGAACAACACUUCGGCGUCGACGAGGAGUAUGUGCCGGAGAUGUUGGAGAACUCGGCCGCGUUUCAUUCCUGGCAUCUGGAUUUUGAUUUUGCCGAGUGGAAUUGAUCAAACUGGGUCUCUUUCCUACAUGUAUUCUUUUAUUGUUCACUACAAAUACGGGUAAGGACUAUAGCCCUCCUCGAUCUUGAAAUAUUGGUAAACGUACAUGUAAAAUUCGUCGGAAAUUUAGGAAAUGGAAUAGUCAGUAAUGCCUUAGCUCCCUCCCGAUUACCACGAUUCAAAUCUCCCUCCCUCUUGUUCCGAUUUCAGGCUCCGCCACUGAGUAGUUCAUCGGUGAAUAUACGUGUUCCAGUUAGUUUUUCGUGAGUGCAAAUCACUAUGAUAUAUAUUUCAAAGGCUUGUAAUGUGAACUAUAGGCAAUUAAUGUGAGCAAUAUUG